GGUUUAUUUUAUUUACUUGUAAACAGUUUAUAAAGUCUACGAAAUAAAUCGACAAUGCAUUAAUCCAAUAAAACUUUUAUUUCGUUCAAUUUCCCAACAAAGUUACAGUUCUAAUUUUGUAGAUAAAGCUGUUUUCAAAUGAAAAAUUUUAAGUGGAUAUUAGGGUCACCCCAUAUUACGUCAUUUCCGUCAAUAAAUUUGCAUCAAUAUGGCGGCUGUUUUCAAACAAAGUCAGAUGUCACAGAACUUAUAAUGAAAUAUUGCCUCUUAUAACAGAUCAGCGUACAUAUAACUAAGAAUUUAAGAAGAAUGGUUGAAAAGGAAAAAUUCUUAGUUGUUAUUUCUGUGUUGGAGGGAAGGAGAUUUCCAAAGAGACCAAAGCAUAAGGUAAUUGCUGAAGCAAGGUUUGAUGGUGAGCUUUUGGCUUCAGACCCUGUUGAUCAUGUGGAGGCCCCAGAUUUCACACAGGAACUGGCGUGGGAAUUGGAUAAAAAGGGUCUUCAGCAGCACAGGUUACAGAGGACUUCAAUUAAAAUACAAUGUUAUGCUGUUGAUUCAGUCAGUACCAUGAAAGAAGUUAUUGGUUAUGUUGUUUUAGACAUCAGAUCAGUUCAAACAAAACAGACUGCAAAGUGGUAUCCAUUGCUACAUUCAAAGUACAGUAAAAAUAAACCUGAGAUAAAGUUGUCUAUUUACCUAGACGAUGAUAAAACUGGAGACCAGCCAAGUUUUAAAGCCAGAGAAGCACCUCCUAGAGUGAUAGAAGAUUUAGCUGAGGGAGAAGGUUAUUUGCGUACAUUACAGCCUGUUUUAGUAGAAGAUGAGGGUUACUACCAAAUUGGGCCUGCAGACAAAUGUAAAGAUAGCUUUGUCAUGUCUGUAACAAUUGGAUAUGCUAAUAACUUAGCUCAGUUAAUUCCAAGCACUCAACCACUACCAUCUUUAGCCACUGGAUAUUUCUUCUACUUUUCAUUGCUGGGAAAUGAUGUAACGAAUGAGACAUUCCAAGACCUCAUCAACCCAAACUUUCCUGCAGAGCGAGCUUCAGUUAAGAUCAAGUCUAGUGUUGAUGCUCUGAGAAUAUUUCUUUCUAGCCAGCCAGGAGUACAGGUCCAUUUAUGUUGUGGAGACCAGUCUUUAGGAAACUGUGAAAUACCUCUGAAUGCAUUAAUAAAGAAAAACAGUACAGAGAUCCAUAUGAAACCUGUGACCAUAGAGGGACCAUUUCAGUUGAAUCCACCUAACAAGGCAAAACAACAGAUCUUAUCUGCACCACCAGAUUUAGCCCCUGUUGUUGGUGUGUCAAUAGUACUCAGAAAAGAAGAUAUGGGAGUCAUGUCUCCUGGUAAAGGUCCUUCAGGGGAAAACAUCCAUGAAAUUCCAAAGUCUCCUAUGAGAUCUCCUUCACAUUCUCCAGUGAGAUCUCCUCCAAAAACCCCUAAAAAAGAUGGACACAAAUCUCCUAAAAAAGGAAAAGGCAAAGGAAAAAGUAAAGGAAAACAAGAAGAGACUGCAGAAAAAGAAGUUCAUUAUCCUGACGAUUUUGAAAUUGGCAACAAUACUCAGGAAAAUGUCAGUAGCUUGGAGGAGGAUAAAAUGAAAGAACACAUAUCAAAGAAAUUGAAAGAUAAACCUCCAAUGUUUCCAAAGGGACCACCCAGUCCUAUAAUGGCUGGCCAUGAACAUAAAAGACUUUCAGACCAUGGUGAACAAGAGUACAGUAAUCAAACUACAUCUACACACAUAGCUAUACCUCCCCAGGCACAUCACUUCACAUUCUCCAUUGAUUUACGCAGCAUCAAAGAUGUCAACUCAUCAAACACAUUAUUUGUUUAUUUAAAGUAUAUGUAUCCAUUUUUCGGGAGUGCUUCGGCCAUUAUUACACAUCCUCCUGUAGAGAUACGUAGAGGUAUGGAGGUACUUCUUCCUCAGUCAUUCUGUGCAUUUGACUUUGCCUGCAGUACACAGCAAUUACAAGAAACAUUCCUCAGAGUUCCAUUGAUGGUAGAGGUGUUCCACAGAGAUAAACAACAGUCAAGAGAUGUACUUGUUGGUGUAACUAAAUUGCCCUUAGAACAGAUCGUUUCUACAGAUAAAAACAGAAUCUCGAGUAAAACAGGAGGUUCAGGUUGGAGGCAGAGUUUUAGUGACAGAAUAAACGUUGUUUCUCCAGAGAGUGAAAAGAAGGUAGGAGACAUUUGUAUGGUGCUUAGUUUAGAAGACUGGGGACCAAUCUCAGCACAUCAAAUUGUUGUACAGCAAGAAACUACCAAUGCACCUAGUCAUCCUCAAGUGCAACAGACACAACCACCUAGAGCACCGUCCCCAUUAGAACCGAGAGAAACACCAGAAUACCAAGCUGCUAUUGAAUUGGAGCUGUGGAAAGAAACUCAAGAAAAGAAUUUUGAAAAUCAAUUAAAGCAAAAGGAAGCAUCUUACAUGAAAGCACUUGCUGAAGAAUGGAAGAAAAGAGACAGAGAAAGAGAAGUACUCAUGAAGAAAAAGUUGGCAGAGUAUGCAAACCUAGAGGAACAGCUUAGGAAAACAUUGAAAGAUUUAGAAAAAAGAGAGAAACAGCUGGCCGCUAAUGAACAGGAAGUUAUGAGAUUAAAGAAGGAUUUACAGAGAGAUCAUGAUGCCAAACUUCAGGAAAUGAAGGAGGCUUCUAGGCGUAUGAAAGAUGAUGUUGAUCAUAAGAUAGAACUUGAAAAAUCAAAAACAAAAGAGAUAGAAAAUUUAGUAGAGAGAUAUAAAAGAGAGAUGAAUGAAGCAGAAAUGAAGUACCAUAGAUUGGAGAAAGAUUUUGCUGUUUAUAAAGAACAACAGAAUACCAAACCAGAAGUCAGACUACAGGCAGAAAUCAAUCUUCUCACUUUAGAAAAGGUUGAACUUGAAAGAAAACUUGAUACUGUAAACAAGUCUAAGGUACACUACAAACAGCAAUGGGGGAGGGCAUUAAAAGAACUAGCUAGACUGAAACAGAAGGAACAAACUGCUGCUAAAGCUGAAUUAAAGAGACAACAACAGGAGUUAGAACAUAUGAGGUUACGAUAUCUAGCUGCCGAGGAAAAGGAAGUGGUGAAAUCAGAUAAAAAGGAAUUAGAGGAAAUUAAGAAUGAAUUAAAUAGGUUAAAGCAACUUGAGGAAGAAAAGUUAAAGAAUUCUUUUGAAAACAGUCCGCGGGAAGUGGAUGGUAUGAGACCACUGAAACCCGAUCUAGACUGCAGUAUAGAUGAACAUAUAACAAGACUUAUUGAAGAGCGUGAUACUUUGUUACGGACAGGUGUUUAUAGUACACAGGACAGAAUUAUCGCUGAAUUAGACAGACAGAUUAGAGAUUCAAUGGUUCAAAAGAAAACAAACAACUUGUGAAAUAGAAAGAAAGUUGUAUGAUGGAAGCUUGUCUGUGAUAAAAUGAUUGUUUAUGCCACUGAAUAGUCAUCAGUCAAUUCACUUUUUAAAGGAAGCAAUGCAUGGCAUAGCAGAAAGUGGUGUCAAUUUAUUAUGAUUGAUAUGAAUUCAGUAGUUUAUUUGUUAUUCAAUUUUGUAGAAAAGGAUCUUUGAUGUAGAACUUAUGUCAAGGGGAAUAGCACACAUUCCUCAUUAAAGGAUGUUGUUAAGAAUACAGAAAUUUAUAUUGAAACUUACAAAAAUAUCAAAAUUUUGUUUUGAGUUCAUGGAAGAAAUCAAAAUUUGGGACAGAAAUGUAUGUACAAAUUCUAUUUAAGUAGGCAAAAAGAUCAAGUCUAAGGGGAGACAAUUUGAAGAAAUUCUAAUUUAAACUAUGAUAAAGAUGGUUGAUUAAUGUUAUAUAUAUUUUACUGGUUAAAAAUCAAGUUACCCUUUCCCUUAGUUAAUUUAACAGUUAAGUUUCUUGUAGAUGAAAUGAUUUAUUUUUUUGUUUCUAAUUGAUUGAAUACGCUUCAACAUGCAAUUAAGUUCAUUUUUAUCAAUAAAGACUUGAUAAAAGAAAUGUCUUAAAAAAUGAAAACAUUUUAGUUGUACUUUAAAUAUAUCCUAUUCGAAUUAAAAAGAAAUAAAAAAGAAUUAGACAUUGUAGAAUAAAAUUUAAAGCUAAUAUUUGUAAUGUUGAAAAAAUCUUUUAAAGCUAAAAAAUCAUUAAUUUACAGCUGUCAAAGUUUGUGGUGCUGAUAAAGUGAAAUAUAAUGUUUAAAUACAAUGUGGUAUAUAUAUGAAGUGUUAGAGGUAAAAAUCAUGAUGCACCUAUAUACAAAUAGUUAGGAAAGGAGAAACUUUCAAUGUGUAGAUCCUUCAUCAUGUUCAUGUUUAGUGAUGUAAAAAUUUUAUUGUCCUAUUCUCACUCCAGAAUAAUCUCAUUGUGAUAACUACAGUCGUUAACUACAAACUAGGCUCUUAAUCACUAUUAUGUCGUAUUGCAUUUUUUAUAGACAAUAAAUUUUGAUUAAAAAAUCAUGCAAAUGAUAUAAAAAAUAUAGAAAAGUCUACCAGCUCUAACUCAAAAUAUGAAUAAUUCUUUGUUAAGAUGGGUCUGUAAUUCAGUUUGACAGCUUCAGAUAUAUUUAUUUUUGACCUUUUUUGACUGGACUACUUUACUUUUAGUUCAUCAUCCAAAUUUUUUAAACAUGUAAUGUCAUCCCCUUCUUCAUAUUUUGUGAAUAAAAUUUAAAUGAAUACAUUUGGAAAGUGGAUGAAGAAAAUACUUGGACCAAGUCAAAAGGACUAUUGAAUUUGGUUCUGGAAACACAUAUUCAUGAUAUAUGAAUAGCAGUUAAACUUAGAAAUCAUUACCAUUAUCUUUUACAGCCAUUGUUCAUUGUAGAUAUAUCAUUUUGCCAAGGAGCCAGAGAAAUUUUCAUUUUAUUAAACAUACUGUAUCAUUGUUAAUUUUGUCAAGUAAAUUCUCACAACAUUUUUAAUUUCAAUUUAAAAAAAUCUUGUUUAAUAUUUAUCCGUCCUGUUAAUGCACUUCUAGUCCAUGUUCAUUUAGCAUUUAUAUUUUACAUGGCAGAGUCUGUUUAAACUAUUCUUUUGUACCCUAGUAAUCUUCACCAGAGAAAUUAAACUAUAAAAGUUCAUAAGAAUGUGGAAAAUGUUCCUAUUUGUCUGAUAAUACAAGAUUCUAAAAGGCAAAUGCAAGUUUGAAAUCAUAAUCAGAGAGUUUUUAAUUGCCAUUAUGCACUGAUUAAUGUUUGCAUAGUUUCAGCUGCAGCAAAUGCUAUCAACAGUAAUGAUUCAUAAUAUUCUAAAUAUUUCCUCCCUUCCUUUUGUCUUCAUAUAUAAUUUAUUGAUAGAUGUAAGAAGAAGGACUUCAUUGUAGAACUAAAUAUCAGAAGUCUUGUACUCACUGUUAAUCCUAUUUUUUAGUGGCCCUUUCUGUUGUUAUUUUAGCCCUCCCUCUUAUUAUUUUUAGUUUGCCCUAUAAUGUGGUUAUUAUAGAUGAAUAAUCCUUGAAUCAUGUUUCACCAAUGCUCUGAUUCUAUGUGAAAGUGAUGAUGUUUUUAUAGUUGAUUAGUCUUUACUCAAAAAAUUACUUUUGUUUCUUUUGUUUUUUUAAACAAAUGUAUGCAUUCAGUCAUUGAAUUCAUUUUAGUGAUAUUAUAUUUUAUUGUUGACAUUUUUAUUUAUUUAUUUAUACAAAACUGAUUGUAUAUAUAGAAAACUUAUACAAGUGUAAAUGUACACAUUUGAAUUCACUUAUAUAUGUAUAUACAUUGGUAUUAAUUGUUGAAAGUAUAAAUAGAAUUGAUAUGUAUAUAUAUGUUUUAUGGAAAUAUGCAACAAGAUGCCAUAAUGCAUAAAGGAAAUAAAACAAAUACUAGCCUUCAA